UGCUCUCAGCUAAAUUUCUCCUUGCUUUUUUCCCGGUCUAGCGUUGUUUGGCGCUGCCGAUCCGCCACCGCCUUCCCUGCCAGUGAUUUGCUUUGUUGAGAACACUAACCGUUGUCAUCAUCACUCGCUGCCGCUCAAAAGGCCUCUGCUCCCCUUUUCGCAAUUCGCGCGCUCGCUGCUCAAGGUAGCCCGAGCCUAGCAUCCCAGAGAACAAGGGCACAGCCAAGAUGGAGCCAGACAUCUCGCGCUCAAUAACUCAUCACCCCCAUCCCUUCCACCUGCAGCCGCCGUCGCCGCGCUCCAACUCGCACACGCCGCACGCUAGCGGCACGCCGGACAUUGUCGACGGCGCUAGCAGCACCGCCGUUGAGCUGGUGGAGGAUGUGCACGGGCAGUCGCAUCACGCCGGAGACGGCAACGACGCAGCAGACCGCAAUGUAGUAGGCGGGGGCAUCGGUGCGACAUCGACGGCCCGGCAGCGGGCGGCGUCGUCCCACCGCAUGGCCGGCAGCGGCAGCAACCUCGCCCGCGACGUCGAGGUCGAGAGCCAGACCACGGCGGGCGGCGGGCGCAUGCCGCUCUACAGCUUCGAGAACGACCCGUACGGCUUCUCGCGCGCCUACAAGACGCCCGCCGACAUUGAGCAGAUCAAGGCUAACACGUCGCGCAAGCUGCGGUCGCGGAGGGGCGGGGUGCUGGGGUGGAGGGGAGGAAGCGGCCGGAAGGAUGACCCCUCCCCGGUGGUCGCGGGCGGUGGUGGUGGCGGUGGCGGCGGCGGCGGCGCGGCCCCCACAAGGAGCGGGAGCGCGGGGAGCGGCAUCCUGGGCGGGUUCGUCCCGACGCCGGUGCGGUCGACGCUGCAGGCGCGGCGGGUCGAGGACUUUUACAAGUCGCAGAACGAGACGAUCGAGCGGCUGCUCAAGUCGGUCGAGGAGCACCGGGCCGAGGCGCGCCACGAGGCGGGCGAGGACCUGUUGCAGUUCCGCGUCGGCGUCUGGGGCUCGUUCGCGGCCAACCUCGUGCUGGCGGCGCUGCAGAUCUACGCGGCCGUGGCCUCGGGCUCGCUCUCGCUCUUCACCACCAUGGCCGACAGCAUCUUCGACCCGCUCAGCAACCUGACGCUGAUCCUGUCCAACCGCGCCGUCCGCCGCGUCGACCCCUCGCGCUUCCCGUCGGGCAAGGCGCGCCUCGAGACGGUCGGCAACAUUGUGUUUUGCUUCCUCAUGACCUCGGUCUCGCUCAUCCUCAUCGCCUUCUCGGCCCAGGAGCUCGCCCAGCGCGCGGGCCAGGAGGGCACAAACGGCUUCCACCUGUCGUCCGUCGUGGCCGUCGGCGUCGCCUUUGCCACAAAGUUCUCGCUGUUUCUGUACACGUGGGCGCUCAAGGACCGGUACUCGCAGAUCCGGAUCCUGUGGCAGGACCACCGCAACGACCUCUUUGUCAACGCCUUUGGUAUCCUCACGUCCGUCGGGGGAUCCAAGCUGGUGUGGUGGGUCGACCCGAUGGGGGCCGUCAUUCUAUCCGUCGUCAUCUCGUUCCUCUGGCUCCGGACGGCCUUCUCCGAGUUCAUGCUACUGGUCGGGGUCGUGGCCUCGGUCGACAAGCAGCAGCUCAUCACGUACGUUUGCGUGCGCCACUCGCCCGCCAUCAAGCAGAUCGACACGGUCCGGGUCUACCACUCGGGCCCCCGGCUUAUCGCCGAGGUGGAUGUGGUCAUGGAUCCCAACGCGACGCUGCACGACACGCACGACGUGGCAGAGGAGCUGCAGAUCAAGCUGGAGAGCUUGCCCGACAUCGAGAGGGCCUACGUGCAUGUCGACUACGAGACCACGCACAAGCCGGAGCACUUUUUCAAGAAAGAUCUGUGAUCAGGCAUCUAUUGGGGAGCCCAACGGCAGUUCUCGGCGGCACAUUCUUCUAAAAAUCCCUCUCGCCUCUCACUUUAUGCUUUUUUUUCUUUCUUUUUUUAUCUUCCGACCCCAUCCACUCAACGUCGCACAACCUGCCAAAACGGCCGAGACGGCAGCCGAGGGAUGGGUUGAGGGGGAUGGCAGAGAUAUAAGACUUGUUGUAAUUUGGCAGUGACAACUCAUCCCCCGCCUUCACCAAAGCUCUCAACCCCGCCCGCUUCUCGUUGUCGUCAAUGGCGGGGCCGUCGUUGGGGGGAUUUUGUGGAGAUGGCUGAGAAACGGAAACAUGAGAUGGAAACACAUGGGUGAACGGACGGGACACGACAGCGAUGAUCCUUUCUGGCGGAGAGACGCCUGGCUCAGAUGAUAGGGUUCAACUGACAACCGACUUUGGCUUUCCAUUCACCUCUCUCUGCUUCGAUUGUUCUGUUCCGCAUCGGGAGGCUAGCCUUGACUCUGGCGGGGUCUUAUCGCCCCUCGGCACAUGUUUGCCUCUUUUGCCGAUGACUUUUCUUUCUGGUGCUGAUGAAGAAACCCAAAUAAACAGAAACCCAAUGAUGUCAAGUCUCGGGUGGGCGAGGCUCAUCGGCAGUCAUCUUUCC